CUGCAUGGAUUUGAGUCCGGGGUAAAUUGGGAGAGAGGGAAGGAAAAGAAAAGUCCUGGAGGUACCUAGAUGAGAAAAAACUAUUCCUCCUCGUUGGGAAUUUCGACUUGAAGGUAUUUCAAAAACCGGAAUGAGCGGAUAAAGCAAGAUGAAUCAAGAAAAACUCGCGAAACUUCAGGCUCAGGUCCGAAUAGGUGGAAAGGGUACAGCUCGUAGAAAGAAGAAGGUAGUCCACAGAACAGCCACAGCAGAUGAUAAAAAACUUCAGAGUUCGUUGAAAAAAUUGGCAGUAAAUAACAUUGCUGGCAUCGAAGAGGUGAAUAUGAUAAAAGAUGACGGAACAGUUAUCCAUUUCAACAAUCCCAAGGUCCAGGCUUCACUUUCUGCAAACACUUUUGCUAUUACUGGUCAUGCUGAAGCCAAACCUAUCACAGAAAUGCUACCUGGAAUCUUAAGCCAGCUGGGUGCUGACAGUUUAACAAGUCUCAGAAAGUUAGCUGAACAGUUCCCAAGGCAAGUGUUGGAUAGCAAAGUACCAAAAUCAGAAGAUAUUGAUGAAGAAGACGAUGAUGUUCCUGAUCUUGUAGAAAACUUCGAUGAAGCAUCAAAAAAUGAAGCUAAUUAAGUCACUAAUAGUUCUGGAAGUUGACAUGGACUAGAUUUAAGAAAUCAGCUGUGUGGUUCCAAAGUUUUGCAGAAACAGUGAACAUUUACCCGUUUAAUAGUUCAGUAAUAUAAAAUAUUUUGUAUUUUAAUUAUGCUGCUUGUUCAGCAUUUCCUUUCAGUUGAUUUUUGCAUUUUGCACUUACUCCUGGGAUCUACCUUUUCAGUUAAAAAAGAAGAAAUAAAUAAGACGUUUUCAGUGCAGAUUAAGGAGUGUGCGCCUGUGUGUGGAUGUAUGUAUGUUGCUUUAUGUAACAGUGAAGAGGGAAAUGGAGAACAGAUAUGCUUGACUCCCUCCUCUUUCUAAAGUAGAAAUAAAACAAGUCUUUACUUUGGUUACAGUAACUUUUCUUAUUGCAACCAAGCAGUUCUCAUGAAAUAUGAAAAGUGCGUUUUACUUGUCCAUGUUUCAUGAAUUCCUGAUGCUGCACACAGAGUAGCAUUUGGGUUUGAAAUAGGGACAAGUCUUUAUUGGGCAUAUUUCAAAAAGUCCACAUACUGCUCACUAAUUAGCAUUUCAUUUUCUGUUUUAACUAUUGUGUUUGCAAAUGUAUUUCUCUUCUAUAUUGAUGGUGUAUGUGUGGAGUUUCCCCAUCAACUCAUUUUUGAUUUUAAAUUGUACCAAAGACUGGGUAUUAACAUGUGUGUUUAUUGCAACAUAUUUUAAAGAAACACUUCUGAAGAGCUCCCCUCCCCUCCUCCUCUAUAAAGCUCUUCUCCCUUUCACUUUAAAACUUAAGUUGCAUUCACAUGUUAUGGGAUAAUCUACUUUGCCUUGGAUAAAAGCAUUAUUCCUUGAAGUGCUUCCCAUCCCAUUUGGGCAGGUACCAACCCUGCACCUGUGGCUUGCACUCGUUAAAGAGGCCCAAAUGGUAUCCUUAUUCAGGGUAGCUGGGAGAAGCCUGCAGUAUCUGUGGUUGUGAUAAAAAUUAGAGGCUAUAUUCUCUUCAGUGACUAAUCCAAUGCCUUGUAGCUUUCUCCUUGGUACAGUGGUCUGUUUUUUAGUUUCACCCCCUCUUCAGAGUGCUGAGUGCUGUUCCACCCUUUUUAUCAGUACUCAUCCUGACUUGUGGGUUGGUUUUUUAAAAAUUGGAUACCCCUCUCUACUCACACUUUCAGUAGGAAGUGGUGCAUUGUUGUGCACAGCUAUAGAUCAUUUGUUAUAAGAUGUAAAACAGUUCUAGUGUUAUAAUUUAGCUCCUGAGGGCGUGUGGGUCACUGUCUUACUUCCAGAUUUUAGAAUCUGGAUGUGUUAUUUUGGUAAUAUAAAAGGAACAAGGAAAGGGUCAUUGGCUGGUGUCGCGUUUCUACAAACUUUCCAACAAAAGGCUUAAACCUUGAAGGGAAUGCUCCUGUGUCUUUUAUCUGCAUCAUAGAUUUGGGAGCGUUUAAUGGGUACUGUCACGUUUGAGAAAACAAAAACCCUCCUCUGGUAUGGAGGGCCUCGUGGUAUCACUGGUACAGUGCAGUAUUUUAUAAACCCUUCCUCUAAACUGCUGAAUGUGAAGUUCUUCCAAGCAGUUCUUCAAAGGUGCUUGAUGUAAUCUUUGCAGCUGUGCAUCCUUGUAACCUUUGUCAAGGGCAACUGCGGCUUGGGAAAGCCAUCUUUCUUAUCAGCUUACUUUGGCAUACUUUUGAAACAUAUCGGCUUUCUGUGCAGAUAUAUACAUCCAGCAACUAUACACUUUGAGGCUCUCCGCCUUCUAGUGUCUUCAAACCGAACCACGAAAGCGGAGCUUGUAGUGGUUUGUCAUCUGGACUGCUCACUUGAUUUUAUAGACUUGUUCAGUUUUCUUGUUCUAUUUUAUACAAUACAUGGAUCUUAAUAAAAUAACUAAAAGGAGACAAUGAUCCCUCUUGUGUGUUAUCUCCUUCUCUCAUCAGUUUUAACAGAGGAAAAUAAUGCUUAAUCAGCAAUACACUUGUCAUAACGCAGAGGGUUUUUUUAACAUUUACUUUCUUCUGCACACAAGCAAAUGACAAAUGAUCAUCCUUGCAAUGUCUUUGCCCUCCCUGGAUAUAGCAAAUGAAUAGAUUUUUAUGGAAAGCUUGUAUUGAUUAAAAUUGAGUGUACUCCCUUAACAAUUCAUGGCUGUGCUACUCUAAUAAUAUUUUUAUUUUCCCCAUUAAUAAUUUGUAUCAGUUCACAACUCAUGAAAUUUAAUUUCCUGUUAAUAAGUAUAAAAUUAGAAAUGUCUUCAGCAGGGUUAAAAAAAAUGAAAAAAAGGUUAGAUUGCUUGCUUAACAACACACAUCAACAAAAUUCCAGCUGUAUACUUUUUAGUUGCAAACUUAUUUGUAAUCUUUAUUAUUGCUUUUGUUUGGAAAGGAGCAACCUAACAUACAUAGUGAUUAUUACUUUUUCUGUAUUAAAAGAACUGUUGAUCACCUUUUAUUUUGCUGGCGUACUAAAGCUUAUAGAAAACUAUUAAACUGAUAAUUGAAGGUGUGAACAA